CCCACGCAGUUUGUAUGUGCGCGUGCGUGAGCAUGUCUGAAAGCGCACGUUAGCCGUCGGAGCAACGCCAGCCGCAGUGAAAGAGAGCAGUUACGAGUGCAGUGCUUGAAAGUGCGCUGUCUCGCACCCAACAUCGAAAUCAUUCUUGUUGAAUCGUUGUUUGACGUAGCGUAAGAGGAUAAGGGGCGCAUUCUCACCAUGUCCCUCGAAGAGCAAUCGUCGGCGGAGCUUUCCAAAGGGUUGCGACUGCUGAAACACACAUGCCUGCUGGCGGACACCUUGUUGAGCAGCUUGAUUGACCUUGUUCCCAGUUGGAUCUCUAGUUACAUCCGAUGGUGCCCCACUUCAUCUGAGCACCUUGAAGAUGCUGAGCGAAAGUUGUUGUCCUAUGUGAAGCUGCCCAUUCGAUCAACAUACAUCACGAUAGACUCGAUCCUGGGCUGCAAGGGCAACCACCAAAUAAGUACCCUCCAACUUGGCCCUGGCACCAAAGAAGCUGUAGAGGAGGAGCGUGUGCCACUUGUGCUGGUGCAUGGCUUUGGUGCAGGAGUGGCUCUGUGGCUGCUCAACCUGGAUUACCUUGCCCAAGACCGCACGACAUACUGUUUUGAUUUGCUGGGCUUUGGCCGCAGUUCACGACCACGUCUUUCAAGGGAUUCUUUGGAGGCUGAAUACCAGUUUGUGCAGAGCAUUGAAGAAUGGCGAGCACAGGUCGGUCUCGACCGCUUUGUAUUGCUGGGACACAGCAUGGGUGGCUUUCUGGCUGCCUCGUAUGCAAUACGCUUUCCUGAGCGUGUGGCCCACCUUGUGCUUGCGGACCCAUGGGGUUUCCCUGCGCGCAACACUCCCCGUCCGGCGCUGCAGCUGCCGAGUUGGGUCCGUGUGGUCUCCACCUUGCUUAGCCCUUUCAAUCCAUUGGCAGCUGUACGGAUUGCAGGACCUUGGGGUCCACGGUUAGUAGAAAAGAUUAGACCAGAUAUUGGAAAGAAGUAUGGACAUGUGGUGGAUGAUAAUCGGGCUGUUCCACACUACAUAUACCACUGCAAUGCUCAAACACCUAGUGGAGAAUCUGCUUUCAAGGCUAUGAUGACACAGUAUGGUUGGGCCCGGCAUCCUAUGAUUAGUCGCAUUGGAGAGCUGCACCAAAGUGUGCCUAUGACAUUCAUCUAUGGCUCAAGAUCAUGGGUUGACAAGCAGCCUGGUAUUCGUGUUCAGCGACUCCGGCCAGAAAGUGAAGUGGAUGUUGAGAUCAUUGAUGGUGCUGGCCACCACAUUUUUGCCGACAAGCCUGAGCAAUUCAAUGAAAUUGUGUCAAAGAUCUGUCGGGGAGCUGAUGCAGCUGAGAAGACGAAUCGCGCCUUGGCAGAAGAGAAGGAGAGAGAAGAGUGGGAGCAAAUGGAAAUGAUACAUCGACUUGCACUCUGAGGAGGUUGCCCGUUGCAGUUUAGAACAAAGGCACCUUCAUUGGUAUAUGUUUAAAAAAAAAUGAAUGUCGUUGGCACCCUUUGAGCGAGGCAUUUUUUUGGCCUUGUACGGCAGAUUUUAGUUGCACAUCGCAGCAUGGUAGUGCUAGCAAACUAUUGCCUCAGUAAAUAUAUAUAUUCUCUUUGUGUGUUCCUUGUGCAAUAAUUGCUUACUGUGCACCUUGCAUGGUUAUAACUUCAAGAAAGAGUGGUCAGAAGAUAGCCAUGACUGUGUUUGCGGGUGAUAAACAGUCACGUGCAGAAGCCAGUUGUGCACUUGGUUGGCCAUUUUUCGAAAGUCACAGCUUGGUCUAUAUUGAAGUUUGAACUGUUUAGUCUCAAUUUUGAAGCAUGGAGAAUGGCUAUGUUAGAUGUAUAGAUAAGACUAUUUUUUGGAACCGCCUUUAUGGUGAUGUGUAUGUGUUUUGACCCUUUUGUCACUGUUGCUUGUCAAUUUCAAACACUUCCUUCUUUGUUUCACUGGUAUCCGCUUGUGUGUGCAUUUACUUUUGUUUUGCACCAAGUUGCUAUUGAGAAUGUUUUUCUGCGAGGUUAAUCUGUGAUUAUGAAUCUAUGGUUGAUCUGGAGAUGACCCAAAGUCAAGUUUCUCUGUUGAUAACAGAAUGCUAGACUUAGGUGGGAGGUGUUAUGACAGCAUACUUUAUAAAGAGUUCAGGUUAUGCUCAAUCUGGUUUUUGGUGAUUAAAUAAAUGGCAAUGCCAUUUCACACCUAACUGCUCUUGCUGAUAAAUAUGGGCCCCAUAGAAUCUGGAAAUUUUACCAAAAUUCAGAAGAAGGAAUGUGAUGCUUACUGAAGAUGUUAAAGCAAUGAUACAAGGUGGCCUAAAAAGUGGCCCGAUACUAUCUUGAAUUUUGACCCUUAGGCUUUAUGCAAAUAUUGGGGGAAGAUGCAGACUGGUGUGAAAUAAUCUCAAAACUGGAGCAGACGAAGUGUUUUGCUAACAAACACUAGUAAUUGGUCUUUCUUGUAUGCAGCAGAAGUGUGGGCUCCAAAUCAAGCACCCUAUUUCAUCAUAUGUGUUUGUGGGAAGAUGCAGACCAUUGUGAAAUAAUCGCUGAGCCUUAGGGCAAGCUAAGCGAUGUGCUAACAAACACACUAGAAAUGGAAUUUUGUGGUGUGCAGUAAAAAUGAGUUCUCCAGAUCAACCAUUCUAUUCUAUUUUACCAUAUGUCAUGCUUUUCUGAGCACAAAACUUGUUUACCGUAAGGCUGACCAAGCCUGUUGGAGCUUGAGCGUCCUACCACAUAAAGUCACUGGUCUGCUGAGGUUGAGCAAGAUGUAAAUAUUUUGUCAAAUAUUGUUUGUUCUAACACAGUUGACCCUUGGAACAGGUGUAGUGAUUUGACUGGGUUGAUUGAAGUUGGUUGCUUAAAGGAAAAUAUUUUUGCUGGCAAACUGUGACUAAUCUUAUUAGUUCUUUCUAUUCUUAUGAGAAAAACUGAAAUUUUGCUGUAGCUCUAAAUUGUCAAAACGAGCUUACUUCAUUAGUAGGCUUAAAUACUGCUGAUCUGUACUAUACGUAAUGGGUUAUUUAAGAGGUGCACUUAAAGUGUUUUGCUGUGAAUGGUCAAGUCUUGGGAACAAAUUUUGUUGUUGAGAUUUUGUUGUUACUGGUUUUGAGAUUUUAUCAGGGCUAAGAGAGCUGGUCUCUGUGUGAAUUCCUGAGGUUGCAUGAUUUCUUUUGCUAGGACACACUCUGUUUUCAGCAAAGCGAUUCUGGUCAACUGAUGUGAGCCAUGUUUAUUUCAUGCCAGCACACUUCUCAGCCAGUUGUUUUAAGAUUACUCGUAUUUCAGUUUAGUUUUUAGUUCAGCUUAGCUAUAUUAUAGCGAAUUAUAAAUGUGUCAUGAAACAUCUAUAAACAUUAUUUUGAAGUGCUGCUAUGAAAAAUUUAAAAAUUUGAAAAAUUUCUACAUAACUUCACUAAGCCUAAUGGUUCAAACUCUCAGCUUUACCGGCAUGUUAUAACAUAGAAAAUGUUGCUGUGAUAUCUUGCUCAGUCAGGUUAGGUAAAAUAUUGUAGCCUUGUGCCCAGUGAAAUGUGCAAAUUGUGCUAAUGAAUUGCUGCAGUGCAGAGAGCACACGUCUGUUGCCACAUCAUUUUUUGGCUGAUUCGUUCAUGCCCUGUCUUGCCAGAAUAUCGUGAAUGAACCGUCUGUCUCCACUGUUGCGAGCGGGGUGGUGAAACACAGUUGAACAAGUUUAAGAGCUAGAACCUGUGAAUUAAGGAUUUUUAUCAUGAAUCGGGAACAACCCCUUUUGGCACUGUGCCUACCAUUGUAUGUGCUGACAUCUCACUUGAAAUGUUAACAUUAAAGAACCAGUAAACUGGCCUAGCCUUCUUUAGACCUUCCAAACAAGCUUACUUAUCUGUACAGAAGGCCGUAGCAAUCCAAUUCGGCAAAUUUCACAGAGUUGCGUGCUGCACAGGAACCUUAUUUAAAAAAAAAAUUAAAUCCCACACCACUCUUUGGCACCUUACUAGUCCUCUUUAUCCGUUGAUUUACAUAAUGUUGCCCACGGGCAACAUGACAUAGCACUAAGUUUGUCUGUUGGUCGUCUGCACUACGAAAUUGCGUAUUCACCUUGCAAGGAUGCAGUUUUGGCCGUGCAAUCGCCAUGCGCAUUGCAUAUUUGUUAACCUCGUCGGUGCCUUUCACUGUGCUGCGCAGUCUGUGAGUAACUAACAGUAGCGUUGAUCCAUCAUUGGCUGUGCGCUGAUGGCUUACCGUAUUUACUCGCAUAAUUGGCGCACUUUUUUUCGCAAUUUUGGGCGCAAAUUACGCGGAGAUUUUUUGAGUGCAUACGAAAUAUCGUGUCACAGCCCUAACGCCUGCAGUAUAUACCUAGAAAAAAUAAAAUGAAUUGAGAACAAACGAAGUAUACUUGUUAAUUGAAAAUAACUGGCACAUACUCUAACCAGUCAGAUUUGGUCACGCACGGUUCAGUGGAAAUCACUGAUUGUGAGUACGAUUGGGAAUUAUCGUUGUGGCCGCUGCCACCGCCCUCUUGAAGCGCACCGUCCACGGUUCUGUCAAGCGCACUCGAAUGCCCCAUUUUCUUGGAGCUGUUAUCCACAAUGCUGGGAGAAACUAGGUCCCACCACACGGUGAUGCCGGGAGACCAAGCAUCUGCACAUAACUGAAAAAGCCUUCUUCAAUGGCAGGAAACUUGCAUUAGGAAGCGCAUUCUCUUCUGCUUUUUCGUGAACCCAUCGCGCCGAUCGUCACACAUUGAAGUAUGUCACCGUGAAGUGCUUUGCGGUGUUAUGGUUACGUUUUUCUUCGGCAAAAUUUACAAAAGCGAGCUUGUAUUUCGCUGUAUAUAUAAUUGCAUAGCACAUCACAAGGGAACUGUAAAAGUGCGUCGGCUAGAUGAUGAAACCUAAACUUCAGAAUUGGACCAAGUGUGCGUUGCAGUGCAGUGUGGAUGCAAAGAACGAGGAAAACAGUUUGCACGCAACAGGCCCUCCCACGCCUCCGAUGCAGAAAGGUGUCCGUGCCGGGACGCGGGCGUGCAUUCUGGCGGUGGUAGUAGAGGAGGAAAACGCUCGAGCAGUUCUGUUUUUGGGUACGGUAUUUUAGUUUUUGGGUACGGUAUUUUAGGGACCCUAGUUCGGGGGAAGCUUUCUCGGAAAAAGGGACUUACCCCAUUUGACAGCUUGUCUGCUCGGCAAGGUGUGCUUCGUCCAAAGCAUCGAAAGGUCCGAAGUCUCUUUGUGCGUCGGGUAGCGUGAAAUAUGCGAGUAAAUACAUUUUUUAACAAACCUGGUAAAAUAUUAGAGGUGGGUAAAUUAUGCGAAGGCACAAAUUGUGCGAGUACGUACGGUGAAUCGCUGAUCUACUCUUAUGUGCUGUAGUGGGCAUACUCACAACUGGCUAUCUUUACCAUUCUUUGCAGCAGAAAAAAGAGGUAGGCCAAGCGGGCAAUAAAAACCAUCAUAAGCAGGUUGUUCUUUGCCCUGUGACUUCCUUAUUACAAUACUUAUUGGCAAAAUUCUUGCAGUAGCAUGUUCACAUUAUAUAAAUUCACAGUUACUCUUCACAACUUUUUCACCGGGAAGAUGUUUACUGGCCCUUUAAGAAAGAUAACUUAUGAACUGUGUUGGGACCUGUUGAUACCUCUGAUUAGGACCAUAAGACCUAAGGUAGGACCUAUGCUGAAGCAUUAAUUAAUGUUUCUAAGCACUGGAAUAGUGCUAGGUGUUCUUUUUUCAGGACAAGAUGUUUGUUUGAGUUCAGGUUAUUUAGCCAUGUUAAAGGGAACGACAACUGAUUUAUUUCGACCCAGUUAUUUUCGAUGCGACAGAAAGCUCACCGUUCGUAGAGUUCGUAGCUGUUGUAGUUAAUCCGAAAAACAUGUAGUCAUUUUAUAACCAGUAUUUUUUGAUCUGAAAGACUGAAUAAGGAUGAACCCUUUCAUCCAGCUAUGCUGAAAAUUUAUAGGGAUGUCGGUAGCCUUUCUGACGAAUUGUGCACGUUGUCGUUCUGCUUUCGGAGAAGUUACCAAAACAAUGCCUAACCACCUUAUUCAGAGCUUUACGACUAUUUUUGAAAAUAACAAGCCAUUACAAUGAGAUGGUGUGGCUUAAUACAGCUUCUCUGUAUUUGUACUACUGAGUUGCGUGCACCUGUGCCGUAGAUGGCUUGUCCCGUUGUCGUUUGACAAAAGAGCCAAGCCAAGUCAACGAAAACGUCACUGCGCAUAUGCGCAGCCAUGCCGAUGAGCAGUACAUGUAAUUUUGGAGACAAAUUGUAAAUAGUAAAACCGCGUCGCUCCAAAAUCUUAGCAACCCAGAUACUGCGUGCACGGUUUUAUGAGCACGCAGAAAAGUUGCUCAAGAUGCACUGAUGAGCAUAGGAUGAUUGUCAUGUGAAAGCGUAUUAUUGCGUGCUACUACAAAGGCACUUUAAUGCAUACUACUAACGCAGGCCUAUAUGUACAUUUUUAUGGAGUGAUAUGUUUUACUAUAAAGAAGCAAACAAUGUUUAGGUACUGACAAGAAAAUUGUUGACCACAUCCAGUUGCAUAACAGGGCACAUUGGAUAAUUUAAGGUUCUGCCAUCAUUUGGCACCACAGGCUACUUUCACGAUUUUCAAUAAAUAAAAAUAUAACUCGACAUUUAAUGAGAAAAACACGGUUGCUUUGAGUCGCUAUGAAUGGACAAUCUUUCUAUUCAUACAGUCAUCUCAUUUCAUGUUCUGGGCAGUUGUAGGACCCUUUAAAGUUAGUGUAUUGAUAAUAAUAUAUUAUAUGCUCCGAAGUUUGUGAUGUACUUGGUGUAACUUGUUUCAAAGGUUUUUCAAAAAAUUUUUUUUUCUGCAUUGGGGAAAUGACUUGGCAUUCAAAUAUAUUCCUUUGUUUUAAGGGUGCUCUGAAUUUAUCAAGGUAAAAAUAUAACAGCAGGUGUAUUUAUAUUGGCAAUAACUAUGUUUAAACAGCUGCUUUUUGUAGUGGCAUACUAUUUUAUAGAUGUCAUCUGUACUACAUGUUGGUACAGCAGUGAAAAUUGUUUAGACAUUACUCACAGCGAAAUUGACCCACUGAAGUGGUUGGACUGUAAGAAGACUACAAGACUAGGCAAAACCUCUCCUUAUAUACAAUUAAUUAAAAAAAAAAAGACUAGGCAAGUAAGUUGUGCUAGAUUAGGGUUUGUUGUGCUAGUGUUGAAGGUGGCAUUAUAUUCAUAAUAAUUAUAUACAUACUGCUUUUUGCUGUAUGUUUUAUAAUCUUGUUUUCAUACUGUUACACUUUGUUACAAUAAAAUAUUUAUAACACUGUAAGCUUUUAUAAAUGUUGCACAGAUGUUUUUCAGUUCUAUUGCCAAGUAUUUUCUGCAUGCUUUGAUACUUAGUGUCUGCUAUAGCAUAAAGGAAGUCAGGUGUACCUAUAAGUGGUUGUGUAAUUUCAUAUUGGGACUAAUUUAUGUUGCAGAUGUUCUGCACAGAGAGGAAAAUUUUUUUUGUUCGCAGUGCACUUUUUGUGUGCUAAAAUCGUGCAAUAAGGAAUACGCUUUAUUUUCAAUUUUAGACUACACUUUGUAAAUCACAAACAAAAUGAAUUGGUGUGUGAUUGCUACAGCUUAAAAAAGACACACACAUACAAGCAGAAAUGUAGUGUUGCUGUAGUCUUUGAAGGUGGCAAGGAGGGGAGAAAAUAACAUUGGAAGGAAGUCAUGUUUGUUCACUUUGUUAGAUACAAAUGCUCAGAUAGUACUGCAGCAUUAAAAUUGCCGUGGUUGGAAGGGCUGAUAAUUCAACAGAGCAGAAUAUGCCUCCUAAUAAUGGAGGCAACUGUAAAAUAAUGGAGGCAACGGCAGUUACACUUGCCUCCAUUAUUUAUUUUUUUUAACCUGCUGAAAGCAUUUCGCUUGCUUUUUUUACUUGCUCAAAGUAAGCGUCCCUGCUUUUUUUUCACUGCUAUAUAUUGUUCCGUGAUUUCAAAAGAUUCACUAUGUCAAUUUGCAAAGUCAUCGCAACAGAACAUUCUUGGGCAGGUAAUUCUAUAUAUUGUGAUUGUACUUUCAAUUUAGAGAGCCCACACACUUGUACAUACAACAAAAUAAAGGUGAAAAACACGAUAAAUAAAUAAAUCAAUAAAUUAAUCAAUCAAAUUAAGUUUCAUUAUUUCAUAAUAAGGUGUACAAAAAAAGAAUAUACCGAAGGAGGUCCCUAGCGUACACUAAAAUGGGACCUCCUAUGAAAUGUAAACACAAUAUUUGUUUAGCAGCAACAGUGCGAAACUAAGAGAAUACAAGGUAAGAGAAUGCAAGCAUUGUACUUAGAACAAAGUUUAUCCUGAGUAAAAAUUGCUUAAUUUAAUAUAAGAAGCAUAUCCGCUCUGUAAAAUUAUCUAGUUGGGCAUUUGAAAGUGGUCCUCACUUAUCUAAAAAAAAUUUCAGCAAGCAUUUGUCUCUAGCUUCUAUGUGCGUGCAUGUAUUUUGUAUUAUAUACUUUAUUUUUUGAUGAACUUUAUUAUUUGUGCUUCCAUGCCACUGUCAUUUCACGUAGUAGUGGCACACAACCGCAGUUAGUGCAGUGAUCUUUAAUGUGCAAGGGGCUAUAGCCAUUAACCGGCCUUUUGUGCGAACAAUAUGUUUAACCUUUAAAAUAGUUUGAAUAAGCUGCAUAUAACAAAUAAAUUUGGACCACUAAAACAUUUUAUUUCUCUUGUUGCAUGAAUUCCAGUGGUACAAGAAACUGCAGUUGCAUUGUAUUUUUAAAAUGACCUGGACACACUUACUGGUAUUAGUCUAUAGUACAUACACACAUAAAUGUUAAUUUUCCAAUCAAGGCUUGUAGAUAUAGCUUCUUUUUUCCCCACAUAAUUGUAAAUGUUGCACAAUAAUAGUUCACAAGGAGAAAUUUUCAGCUUUUAUAAAAAAACGUUUGGGUAUAAAAUUUCUUCAAAAACUAGUAAUCUACCGUAAGUUUUCAGCCAUAUACAUUACUUGUCUACAAUGUGCACAUUUUCAAAUGAUAAGCAACUGAGAUAUGCUUCUAACUUAUUUCUGGUUAGCUUGGCAUUGUUUUGAUAAUACACAUUGAUACCAAUCUCGAUAAAUCAAUGUAAACAUUUUUACAGUAAGAAAUGUUGGAUUUUAGCCAUAUUGUUCAUGAAUUCAAAUGUGCGAACGUCUUAGCAGUAACCUGUUUGGUCUGUUGUCUUUCAGAAAUGUUUUAAUUUUUAUGAGUAUAUAGGAACGGAGUGGUACCAAGCUGAAAAGUUGCAUGUACCUCGAAUAGAAAGGAAACUUACCUUGAGCUAAUUGUAGUAUUGUGUCAUUGCGGUGCUAUGCCAAAUCAUCGAAAUUGUUUGGAAGGGACCUUACUUCCUUUUUAUUAUCAAAGUGCAUUAAAGUGGCAACUGCCUUUUUAAAAGUUUUUAAUUAUAGUAUUAACAUCAAAUCGUUAAUAGUACAGUGAAGGCCACCAUAACAUAUUUCUCAUGCUUUUGUUUAUAAAAUUCUUAAGAAAUCUUGAAAGAGGAGUUGGUUUAUGUUAAGGUGUAUGUUUAGGGGCUAUUUAGCUCAAAAUCAGGGGUAUUGUAACAGGUAUGUUAGUUAUCUAAAACUAGUCUACAAGGAAAAAGUGAGAGUGAUACAUGCUGUCCUGCAAAACUGGGACCACACGUUGCUGUAUCUACAAGGGGAUUGUAGUAUGUGAAGGUAUGCUGCAUAUAUUUUAGUAAAUUGUACAAUUGGCAGAAAAAGCAUUGUUUCUGUGCAUGUAUUAUUUGUUUCUGGUGUUAAAUUUAUUGUGACAGAUAUAUUGUGUCAAAAGCUGCACAACAGUUGUUUUGAUUACUGAAACUUCACACUUCACUGAGAAAGAUGUUUCAGUUUCAGCUGUGGUUGUAAAGAGUUCCUGGGCAUUAUGCUUUUAUGUGGCAAUAUAUCUGCUGAAGUAGAUUGCCUAUUCUUGUUUUGUAUUUUAAUAAAAAUAUUGUCAUGAGUAAGCUUAUUGUGUUAUAGCUUACAAAUAAAGUUUUGUGGGUUUCAGAA